AUGAUCAAGAAGAAGCAACGAGAAACGAAACGAAAGCCUUUGGCUAACAAGGCCAAGGCAGUGAAGUUGUCGAAGUACGCAACAAAGAAUCCUCCUCCUUCUCUCCAAGACCUGAUUGAGAAGAUGACAAUCAGGUCAAGGUCAAGGCCGGCUGAACUGGAGAAUCCAGCGACUGUUCCGUUUGACAUGUUACUUGCUGCCGAUAACAUCUUGUCUCGGACGGAAGCUGGUGGUGCUCUCCAUCCACCGUUGAUUCCACCAGUACCGGAGACUCACGGCCAGCAUAGGUCGGUUGUUGGAUCUCCCAACAACCAAACCACACGCAAUCAUGGUGCUAUCACCCGGCCUUGCUUCGUGAUUCCAUCACAUGGCGCCAAGAAGAACGCUCCCAAGACAAAUGGUGAAACUUCGGCAUCAGUCCAUUCGAUACCUUUCGUACUGGAUGACCCAUCAGCAAGUAACUACCAACCUUUGAAACCCCGUGCUGCGGUAUCUACACCAACACAUGCUGCUAACCACAACGAUGGGUCAAGUGAAUGUCGACCUAUUCCACCGCCACCUCGCCUACCAAGUGUUCCUAUCGGAUUUGCCUUUUCUUCAUCAGGAACACUAUCUUCCUUGUCUAGCUUCUCGUCGGUCUCAAGGAAAUCCUCGGCCCGAGCAAGAUCGACUGUCUCGAAGCAGUAG